AUCAUCAUGUCCAUUUUUAUAACGGCCCUGUGGUUUAUCGCCACCUCUGUUGAAUCCGACGUUGAUAUGAGCCUUCACGGUACCUGACUGUCAAACUACUAUACGUUUGAUAACGCUGUCUAAUUCUUACCCCUUUAGCAUCUACAUAAAAAUUGCAAUAAAACCUUAUCUAGCGGAGGGUAAUUCAAGAGAGACCGGGUUGCAGUGGGUGCUUGUGCCCAUUUGCCAACUAUCACACUGUCGUCGCUGCGCUGGUUUUACGUCAGCAUCAACAACAGCGUCACAUAUAUUUAAUAAAUAGGGAUGGUGUUCAUAGAAUCUGGGAUAUCAUGGGUGCAUAAUACGGAGUUAGACUCGUAUGUCUAUACAUCUAUGUGAAGCAUUAGCCUUUUGUUUCAGAAAAUACCUAUCUGUCUUAUUAGGACGCGUUUGAAGGGACUGAGGGUAACGCUGGUUAUAGCAUCCCUCAGCCCUUAAUACUGGCACCCUUUGUGGGACAGAUUUUUUUAUUGUCUCAGACGCCAACAAUAAGCAUUUUGUAUUAUGACGUUGUCUGCACUGAGUUUAUCCAUAACGUCACACAUGUCUUUUACCUUGCAUCGGCGACGUCAAAGAACUCCCACAAUGCACUGGCCAUUGUUGUAUCCUGGGGCAACGUUAUUAUAUCUUGGGUACAUGACUUGAGAGCGUCAAGCGUGAUUUUACCUAGAGUUUACUUUGAUCAUCAUGGGUCGUCGAUUACGCCGAUUUAGGCAUUGGUGUCAACGAGUGGUGAAGAUAACCAGGAGAGUAUUUACUGUUUGUGUAUGUGGAGAAUAUGUAGCAGAAACAAAAGUGGCAAUUGUGCCAGUGACAUCCGUCUUGAACGGAAGCAUUGCUAACUCCCGAUGCCGGCACAGCGGUGUCCCCUCUGACGUCCAGAAAACGUCAAUAGUUGCAGCAAUGGAGUCCGGAAGAGGACAACUAUGUAGCCAUUCUUGGUUACACCGCAUGAGGAGGGAUAAAGGAUUGAUAAGUAAUCCCCCUCGACUGAUAACCGUGGCGGAGUACAGCGGAAGCGAAGGACCUUGCAAACUGGAGCGGGUGCCUGAACGCAGAAAUUCGAUGGUAACUGGCUCCGAUCACAGCACUGAACAACCGACAGAAUCAAAGUCAAACGUAAAGCUGUUAUUUUCUGCUUCCGAGAAAUGGGCAAAGAUUCUUCCAUCAGAUGUUGAGGUUCUGGUUAACCUGAAGCAAGGGCAUAGCCGCAUAGACUUCGUGACCACACGUGAUGGCACGGGUAAGAAAUUCGUCCAGAAGAGACUUGCCGUCGGGGAUGGUCAGCGAGAAGCUGUCAUCUUAAAGGAAUGCCAGUGUGACUUUGUUGUGAAGCUGAUGGCUUGCUUCGCCAGCCCUGACUUCACUUACUUAUACAUACCCUGGUACAGGAUGAAGGAUCUUAGUUAUUGGCUGCAGAUGGAUCCUACAAGAGAAGUAUUCAAUGAGCGUUCCGCAUGCUGCAUAAUGAUGCAUUUGCUGGUAGCCAUCGAACUGAUUCACUCUAUUGGCGUUGUGCACAUGGACAUAAAGCCCGCCAACAUUUUCAUUGAUGACAGAGGAUACCCAGUAUUGGCAGACUUCGGCGCCGCUGUGCGGACAAGCCAAACUAGCCGUGCUCUCUGCUAUACGUCAUAUUACGCGUCACCGGAAGUACGUCUGGAGCGAAAAGCAGACAAGAUGGCAGACUUGUGGUCGUCUGCGUGUGUAUUUUAUGAGAUCGUUUCCAACAGGUUGCCUGAUAUCGUGAUAGAGAUUGAAGGAAGAGGUGUCCCCAUGUGUCGGCGCGUUAUCCUGGACACGAGGGGUCUAUCCCCUACUGUCGCAGACUUUGUUUCGUCACAGUUGCGUUUGGAGCGGUCACAGCGGCUGGGUUUCGCGGAGGGUGCUUUCGAAGUGAUGAAACAUCCUAUCUUCGACCCGUCUGAUUGGGAAUCAGUGAAUAUGAGAUCGUCUGGAGAAAAAUCUCCACUGAUGGACGUCUUCAUGAGCGCUAAGGGACAGGUCUGUGAACAAAAUACCAUAACUCCGUCCUACGAGUUUUGGAGUCCUUGGAUUGGCGAAAACUCUCGCAGUGGUGACUUGAUUUACAACACGGAAAUAAAGAAAUGUUCUCAAAGUAUAAACAAGGAUAAUGCAGACCCCGUGUCCGAACCGAUGCCAGAAGAAACCAUCAUGAACAUGUUAAAGGAUGAAAAGGAGGAUGGGCGGUUGGUUGUUGCCAUCACGGUGUUGUUCAUGCCAUUAAAAGCUUGCUGCGGUCUGAAAGUUCAAGGGAUUAUCUCGACAUUGAAAGAUCUAUGA